UAACAGUCGGCUACAUUACAAGCUCAGCUCAGCCCUGAAUUCAGUCAGCUAAUGUGAGCUAGAGCCAGGUAAAGAUGGGACUGAUCUGCGGCUUUUUUCUUCUGACUGCAUGUCUGCUGUACCCCUCUCUAGUAUGCGCCGAGGUGUGCAUCAGUGAACCUCUCCCGAACUUCCAGCACGGAAUUCAGGGCAGACUGUGUUUCAUAGACCAGACUACGCUGGUCAUCCGAGGCUUCGCAUACGACGGAAGGGGUCCAGCGGCCUACCUCUACUAUUACGAUACUACUCAAGGCUACACAGCUGAAGAUGUCCCUGCAAAUGGUCGGGGGAAAGAGAUACCUCACCCUGUAACUGGAGGGGCCUUCCAAUUUCGGGAGAGUGUCAGUAAUCAAGAUCUGCAGUUCUCUCUCCCAGAGGGAGUUUAUGCCUGCGACUUGGCCGUCUUCACCAUCUGGUGUAGCGCAGCCAAUUCUCAUUUCACGGCCAUUGACAUUCCCCAGAGCCUAUUUACCACAGACCAAAGUGAAGCUGCAAGCGGUACAAUACUCUGCACUCGAACUGGAGGAGGAGGGGGUGCCACUGUUUUUGAAAACUGUGAGCAACUUCACCAAGAUCUGACGCUGGACUGGACAGUGAAUAGAGCUGACGAGAGUGUCACGUUCAGACUCUGUGGCUGUACCUCUCCUAACGACGCAUUUGACAACACGUGGCUGGGUUUUGGUCUGAGUGGCAGUGAAUCUGCCACCUUCAUGAUUGGAGCUGAUGCCACUAUUGUGUGGGUCGAUAGAGAAGACCAACCUCAUGCUGAGGACUACUACCUCUCAGCCUACACACAGUGUGGAGGAGGGACAGGGGCCUGUCCUGACGACCAGUCCUCGGCUGGAACAUGCUCAAACAGUGCCAUCCUUGAGACCGGGUUCACUCAGGAUGGCUCACAGUGUGUGGUGUUCACCAGGAAUUUUUCCGCAGGAGACGAGUGUGACCAAGAUAUAAAUCCAGACAAUGAGAACCAGUACAUUGUGUGGGGAGUUGGGAGGUCUUGGAGACACUGCAUUCAGACACUUUGUCAGAGCCGAAAGUGGCGAUGCACCGCUACAUCUCGGUCGUCAGCCGUCAAGAAAUUGCGGCGAGUCUUUGGUGUGUAGCUCCUGCGAUGCCUACGAGACCCAGACUCUGGUGGCUCCUUCUAACGCCACCUUUGUGGCUCACAUCGGCCCCUCCGGUGACCAGAGAGGAUACAUGGGCAUCACUGGUCGUGCAGGCUGGGGUAUAGCCUGGUACAUCAAUGACACCCUCAUACCGACACUGGUAGUCCAGAGAGGAAAAACGUAUACGUUUGUCGUCUACGGAGGAGAUGAUCCAAACAUGAACGCCAACUACCAUCCUCUCUACAUCACCAACUCCACCACUGGUGGCAGAGUCUUCAUGGACGAACAGGAGAAAGCUAUGGAGAUAAUCUAUGCUGGUGUUGAGGACAACGGCAGUAAACCCAUUGGAGGUUUGAUACAAAUUACUUAGCUUCUAUUGGACUACAGGCUAGUGACUAUAAUACAAUUCCCGUUGUCUGCAGUUGGUCCGUUGUGUGAGUCCACCAGUACUCCCGAGGCAGAUGCUCUGGCAGACAUCUGCGAAGCUCUACUCUGCAACUAUGAGGAGGCCCUCGCUCCUCCGAGCCCAGACUGCAAGAACUCUCUCGCCAACGGGAGCGACAAUACCUUCACUUGGACCCCAGACGAUGACACCCCCGACGUCGUCUUCUACCAGUGUUUCACCCACCGUAACCUUGGCUGGAAGAUCAUGGUCACCGACUCGGUCGAGGACUAUCUGAAGAGCAAUCCUGUACGUCAGCACCCAGAUCCGUGCCCACCUCCCCCCACAGUUCAGUCCAGCUCACCUGGUGUACCCUCCCCCCUCCUCCUCCUCCUCACCUCACUUCUCCUUCUCUCCUCCCUCACUGUCCUCGUUAGGUAGACACACUCUUAUAUCCCGGACUGUAUGUAGCCACACACAGAUGUGAACGAUUGUUUGGGUUUUCUGCAUUAAUUGUUUGACUCUGAAUUACUAUUAUUAUUUAGAUAAGCACAACUUAUAACAAGAAGAUACUUAUGUAAUUCACUUUAACGUGGUGUACAUGGCCAGGUGUCAUCACUACAUAUAUUAUAAAUAUAUGGGUGCUCACACUUUGUGUAUCUAUGAUUACAGUAC